AGAGACUGAUAAAACAAAAGAGUUCAGUUUCAGGGCUAUUCAAAGGUCUCCUUCUUGGAGUCAGGAAGACUUAAGUUUAGAUCAUGGUAGAAACUAUCUAUGUGACCUUGCACAAGUAACUUGGCCUGUUUCUUCAAUGAUAAAAUAGGGAUAGUAAUGGGACCUACUUUUCAAUAUUGUUGUGAAGACCAGGUGAGAUAAUGAUUUUAAAAAGCACAGUUCCUGGCACAUAAAGGUCUAUAUAAUUAUUUCCUUUCUCCUUUAGAUAUCUAAGGCUUGUGUGCUCUGAGAUUUAGAUAUAUUAUUGGUCUUGUGGCCAGAGAACUCGGGCAUUAUAAGACUUUAAAUAAUGGAGCACCUUUAGAGGGCUCCAGAAAAUGGAAUUGGAAGGAAAACUUGCCUCUCCAUAAAAAGCAAAUAAUAAUUCCUGCCUUAUUUGUCUUGUAAGUUCUUUGAAAAACUGAACAUAUAACAUAGACAAAGGAUAUUUUCAUAGCAAUAAGAUUUGAAGCAAGGUGGUUUCCUUGACAAUCAUAACCUCUAGGCCAUGAUUGAAAGGUCUCUGGGUAAACCUGCUUCCCAUUGUCUUCUUUGCCAGGUGAACUUUGGGCCUAUCCCAGAUGGAGCCUGGGUGACUUCUUUUCAAGAUAGCUACCAUGAUGCCCCACUGAAGAUUGUGGGGAUAAAGUGGGAGUUCUCUCCUGUCCCCUUCCCAUGGUCAGCUCCCCAAUGGCCUGGGUGAGAGCUGACCAGCUGUUUUGACAUCAUGGGAAGCUGCCUUGGCUGCCUCUACAGAGACAGUAUACCAAAUAACCAUCCUACUAAAUUCAAGGUAAUAAACGUGGAUGAUGAGGGAAUGGAGCUGGGCUCUGGGGUGAUGGAGCUGACCCAAAGGGAGCUGGUGCUGCACCUCCACAGGCGUGAUGCUGUGCGGUGGCCCUACCUCUGCCUGCGGCGAUACGGCUUCGACUCCAACCUCUUCUCCUUUGAGAGUGGCCGGCGCUGCCAGACAGGACAGGGCAUCUUUGCGUUCAAGUGCUCUCGGGCUGAGGAGCUCUUCAACCUCCUACAGGAUCUGAUGCAGUGCAAUAGCAUUAGCGUGAUGGAAGAGCCAGUCAUUGUCACUCGGAGCAGCCACUCAGCCGAGGUUGGCCUGCCCCAGACCCCUCAUGCUGCUAAUGCUCUGGGCUACACUGUGUCUGGCUUCUCUAAUGGCUUCCCCAAUUUCCCUGGAGAUGGCCCGCCAUAUUCCACUCCUCGUCCUGCUUCUAUGAGCAGCUUGCGACAUUCUUCCCUUGGAGAGGAGUCCACCCAUGCCCUUAUUGCCCCUGAGGAGCAGUCCCAUACCUACGUCAACACACCUGGAAAUGAGGAAGACAGAAGAGGCCGGCGCUGCCUACAGCCUUUGCCUGAGGGUCGGGUAGGGUUCCCUUCGAGGGCUCGAAGCUGUGUCCUAGACAGCCGAGACCCCAAGGUGUUCCUGCAGCCAGGUCAGGUGAAGUUUGUCCUGGACCCAAGCUCCACACUCCGUCAUGUGGUGAAGUGUCAGGGUUAUUGUGGCAGCCCUGGGCCAGAAUGUGGGAGUCCUCUCUGCCCUGGCCAGCAGGGUGGACCAGCCCACAACAACAACAACGAGUGCCCGGCUGAGUGUCUGGCUCAGCCCAAGUGUACGUAUGAGAACCUCACUGGUGGGGGGCUGCCCCGUGGUGGGAAUUGGAGACUGAGCCAAGAGGAGCUGAGCUGGAAUGGCUUUUCACAGCGGCGGGCAGCUCUUCUACACUAUGAGAACCUGCCUUCACUGCCACCUGUGUGGGAGAGCCAGGCUCACCAGCCAGGAGAUGAGGAUGAUGGGGACUCCAGAGAUGGGCUGACCCCUUCCUCCAAUGGCUACCCUGAUGGUGGUGAUGAGGAUGAGACCCCACUCCAGAAUUACAUAAAUGCUCGGGCUGCCCCACGAAGUCACAUCAACUUUCCUGUGCCACUGUCCCGCCGGCGAGGGUCUCCUCGAGUAUUCAACUUUGAUUUCCGUCGACCAGGUCCAGAACCACCCCGACAGCUGAACUACAUUCAAGUGGAACUGAAGGGCUGGGCUGGGGACCACCCCAAGGAGCACCAGAGUCCCCCAGCUCCUCGUCCUCCAGUGCCCUCUGCCUAUCCCACCCGCCGGUCAGAUUCCUACGCUGUGAUUGAUCUUAAAAAGACCGCAGCAAUGUCCAGCCUACAAAGGGCGCUACCCCGAGAUGAUGGCACUUCCCGGAAAACCCGCCACAAUAGUACUGACCUGCCACUGUAGGGAGAGGCCCACUCAUCAUGGCCCAGAGUGUGCCUUCCUAUAGCCCUCCUCUUCCUCUUCCAUCUCCAUCCAAGGAGAUUUUAGCCAUUGGUUCCCAAUGUUCCUGGAUCCAUUUUCCUUAACUCCCCUCUAGAGGGUUUGCUGCUGCUUUGCUGGAGGGCACUGGGGCUGGGAGCAUCAUACCCUGAUGCAUGCUGGGGUUCACCAAGAUACAUACUACUGGGCUUGGGGUCUCCUGGAGUCAGCCUUCUGGGAAGAGCGUAUUGGGAGAGGAGGGAGCAAAGCUGUGAACUGUGAAAAGAGAUCAUUUGUGAUCACAUUUGAAGCUACUCAAUUAGGUGUCUUGUCUGUCUUUUUUUUUUUCUGUUGCAGUUUUGGAAGCAUUUUGUACUUUGAUUUAUUUAUCAGUUUAUUUUUCUAUUUAUUGUUUUAAAUGUUAUUUAACAUAUUUAUUAAUUAUUAUUAUUAUUAUUAUUAUUUUUAAAUCCUGGCUCUGUGGAUGAUGUUACCCUUGUGUUGGAGUUCCUUUCUGGGGAGGGGAUGGAAUUUGGGAAAGUCUUCUUGGGUUAGACCUGGAGGGCUCUUGAAGGAAGGCUUUUCAAGGAAGCCCAGGCAGCUCUGGGUUAUGUCUUAAGGGCUAUGAUUAUUUCUUAUUUUCCUCUUAAGGGAUCCUGACCCAGAAGUUGCCUCGACACUGUCUCAUUAAAGUCUGGCUAACAGAACAACAGCUGGGACCCUCGGUAGAGAAAGGGAAUCUCCUUUCGUGAAUGACCUUGUAUGUAGUUCAUUAGAACAAGCAUUUAAUAAGUGCCUACUGUAUGCCAGACAUUGUGCUCGGUGCUGGGGAUACAAAGACAAAACAGAAACAAAUCCCUUUAGGGAGGUGUUGAGGAAGGAAGGAACAACAUGUAUAAAAAUAAUUCAGUAUAAAAUGUACAUAAAUUUAAUACCAAGUCAUUUGUGGAGAGCAUUAACAAUUUGGGUUGGGAACUAAAGCUUGAAAAGGGCUGGGGAUAAGGCCAAAGUAAGGUGGGGAUAGCCCUGGGGGCAUGGGAGAUGUCCUCUGUUUCCUCUCUGACAGCCCCAGCUCUUCCCCUGACUUCCCAUUUCUCUUAUGCAGGUUUUCCUGUUUAACCAGAGUUAAAGCAGCAGCAGCAGCAAUUGGGGGUGGGCUUGGACUUGGGACCCGGGUUCAUAUGCAGACUCUGCUACUGCCUAUAUGACUUGAGACCUCAGAUGCUAUUCUAUAAAGUGAGGGAGGUGGGAUGAGCUGGGAGAUGGACGAGAUGAAGUAUAGGGUCCCGUCUAACUCGAAUUUCCGAUCUAAGCACCUGAGGCCUGGGGGGGAGUAUCAGGAGGGCACAGCCAUCUCCUGUCCUCUUUGUACCUCAGUUUCCUCACCAGGCCUGAACCCUGAUAAUGACAGAGUUCCUAUUUCUAGAAGGCUUUAGGCUUGUCCAAGUGUUCUCAUUAUAGCCUUGUGAAGGUGGCAGCGCCAACACCACCACUGCCGUUGCUAAAACAAUGAAGACCUAGAGAGACGAAGGCCUUCCUCCUGCUGGGAUAGGAAUUCCGGUCCCCCGACUCCAAGCCCAGUGAUGUUUCCACUAAACCACACUGCCUCUCCAAUGGAGCUGAAGAGAAGCCCAAAUCAUCCUCAGUAAUGAAGAGGAAACGGGCCCGAGGAGCCCCAGAUACACCCACCGGGAAUGGAGAGGGGCGCUGUUCAAGCUCAACCUGGCCUCGCUCCCCUGCCCACAUCCACAACUGCUUAUCUUCCCCUCUGAAAAAGGGCAGGGGAUUCCAAAUGGGAAGACUUGGGUUUGAGCACGGGCUCUUUCGAGAGGCAUCUUGACAUGGAAAGAGCUAGAUGGCCUGUAUACAAAUGUUGCUUGGCAUAAUGGGAAGAGCACUGGUUCUGCCAUCAGAGAACCUGGAUUUAAGUUUCAUCUUUGACGUUUAUUACCUGAGAGAUCCCAAUGAAGUCACUAGACCUCAGUUUCCUUAUAUAUAAAAUGAGAACAGUAUUUGCACUAUUACCUCUGUGUGAUGAGGCAAGUGCUUUGUUAACUGUUCAAAGUGCCAUAGAAAUGCGAGCCAUUAUCACUUGUGUUAUUUGGGAUAAGAUAGAGGCGGCCAGAUGGCUGAGUGGAUAGAACACUGGACUUGGAAUCAGGGAGACCCAAGUUCAAAUCCUACCUCAGACACUUACUAGUUGGACAACUUAGCCUGGGCAAUUCAUUUAACUUCUUUCGCCUCAGUUUCCUUGUCUGUGAAAUAAGGGAAUUGGACUCAAUGGCAUUAAAUGUCCCUAAUUCUGUGGUCCAUAAUUCUGUAAGUUCCAUCACAUCUCUGAGCCUCAGUUUCUUUAUCUGUAAAAUGGAGUUGAACUAAAUUUCUAAACUUCCUUUGAGCCUUAAAUCCUAUAAAUUUGUAAGCAGUG